AUGUCACAAGUCGAUUUCUCAGUUAACCCAGCUGACAUGGGAGAUCAGUUAAGUCACGUAUUAGAUAAAUCUCAAUACUGUAACAAACACGACGGAGAACCGCUGGCAUUCUAUUGUGAAAAUGAUGACACCGUUAUAUGCAGGGAAUGCAUUGUGAAAGUCCACAGCAAACACGAUUUCAAAGAAUUGGGGGAUAUGGUGAGAGUUCAACGAGAUCUAAUACAAAAGAAACUGAAAAAUCUUCCUACUGAGAAACGGUUUCGUUUUGAGAAGGCGGAAAAGGCCAUUGUGCGAACGGAAGAGAGGCUGACUAAAAAUCAGACGAAUGUUCUUCGUUUGGUGGAUUCUCAAGAAUUAGCUAUGGCUGAGGAGAUAGAUGAAAACAGUAAAACCAUUGAAAGAGAAAUCAAAUAUUAUUAUCAGCAAGUAGAGAAGGACGUACGUCAACAGACGGACGCAUAUUUGACCACUGUCAAGCAGCAUUUGGAAACUUACGAAUCAAAAGCACAGUCCAAUUACACCAAAAUGAAAAGAUUUAUACAUGGCAAAAGCAAGGAAAUAAAGGCAGAAGUGAAGGCGCUCACCUCUGCUCAGGUGAAGACUUUAGAAGCUGAAAAGGACAAGCAAGAAAUGAACAAGAUUUUCAUUCAGAGCAUUCGUGAUUUCGCUCAGCAACUCACAGACACCGGUUCCGACAUUGAGGUCAUGACCCAUUCUAAAAAACUACAAACUAGAUUUCAGGAGUUGCAGACAGUAGAACUAAGCAGGUCAGAGCAAUCGUGA